AUGUGGCCAUCGUCGUCGCUCCUUUUACCCUCGCUGGCUCUGCAAUUUGCAGCAGCGAACGCGCAGGCUUUGGCCACGGUCACCUACGGACCCAGCGGUCCUUGUCCAGUGCCAUCCGUCACCAGCGUUGUUGUUGUACAAGCAGCAUACUACAGUUCUGUUUUCCAGUCAGCUUCACAGAUUGUGAACCUCUUUGGCAACGGUGACACGGUUACAAUUCAAAAUGCUCCAACAACGUACAUUACAAACACAUACAUCACCACGACCAUCAUCUCUACUGUCACGAGUGUUGUCCCUUCAACUACGUCUACGAGCCCAUCUAGCGCCCCAUCUAGCAGCGCGAGUGUUAGUUCGGUCACUACAAGUGCGACUUCUGCUUCAUCGCCCUCGACGUCCGUCUCCUUAACUCCCACGUCGGCGUCAAGCACGACUUCUUCGGGCAUCUCAACAACAUCCACAACAGUAUUCACUCCUAUUCCUCCUCCCGUUACAACACCAACUCCACCACCGGUCCUAACUUCUACGUCGGUCGACGCGCAAGGGAACACAAUCUUGGUGCCAAUUACGCAGCCACCGCUUGUUCUGGGCGAGGGUCUGCCGUCUGGAACUGUAACAGACCUCCCAGCAUCGUCCGCCGUCAUCGUUGGUGUUGCGCUUGGUGGUGUAGGCGGAGCCAAGGUGAAGAGACAGGCUGCGGGAAGCCAGGCAUCCGAACUGCUUUCGGGGAACGAUGGGGGCUCUAGCGGUGCAUGUGACGUUGCCGUCAGAUAUUAUCUACAACACGGGCAAUUAACAGAUGGUACCGAUGUGGUCGGCCGGAAUACUACCGACUCUUACGCCUUGAUGACCCCUGAUCCCGAUUCCAACAACGUCACCACGGUGUUCUCGUUUGUUGAUGGCAUACUACAUUGGGAUUCAACCGAUCAAGGUGCUGCUACCUUCUACCGCUGCGGUGAUAACAAAGUUUGGGCUGGUUUCCCGAGUCCCCCGCGGCCUGAUUGCUAUAACGUCACUUUGGGUGGCAUUGUGGCCGCCGCUUGCCCGGUGCCGUAUAGGGAUCCUGACGCAACUAUCUCAUCAACAAGUAUUUCUUCUAGCACUUCAACCUCGGCGGAUGUGGCGACCACGACCUCCGAGCGAUCAAAGCUCGACGGAAUCGUCACCAACGCCGUCUCCUUCCUUGAGCUCAACACUAGCCGUCACCAGCUCCACGCCACAGACUACCCAGCCGACCGUAGUCCCGACUUCGAGUGCGCCACUGGUAACUACCACGCCCAUCUCUACUGGGCCUGUGUCGUCUGCGACGACAGCGACAAGCUCUUCAAAUGUGGUCCCUCCACAGUCAAGCUCGACAAGUGCAGGGCCUGCACAAUCAAGCUCGAUAAGCGUGGCGCCCGUACAAUCAAGCUCGACAAGUAUAACCCCUGCACAGUCAAGCUCGUCGAGUAUUGUCACCACCCAGUCAAGCUCCACGAGUGCUGUUCUUCCGCAAUCCAGCAGCACGUCUGCUGCGGCUUCAACGACACCGGCUGGUACCACCUUUUCCUCGGCAGUUUCCUCAACUGGGGCUACCAGUGGACCUGCGAGUGGAUCAAGCACUACGUCCCCAGGCAUUCAAAGUACAAGCCCGAGCAGAUCAGCAUCGCCUUCCUCGAGCGCACCCCAGAAUACGAGCAAUCCGGGCUCGACGACUUCAGCAGGUAUAGUGUCUUCCUCUCCUUCUUCAUCCACUUUUGUCCCCAGUCCAAGCACAACAUCCUUGUCCCCAGGCAGCAGCUCUAUAGCAGCGACUACGUCGUCCUCAGCGUUGGCAGCUGGCAUUUCAUCGUCAACAAGCGCAGCGACAACAGUAGUCGCUACCUCCUCACCCACGACGACUAG